CAUUAUUUAUUGAUUUGCAAAACUUGACGUUUAAGUUUAAUGUUAUUGCAACUCGCGGAAAACCCUAUCUGCGCAAGUUCUCAUGCGCAAUGAAGACUUGGUCCGUGUCUCCUGGUCGAUUGCGGUGUUCCAUUUAGUUUUUCAGCUGACUACGCUUCCCACAGCCGCCUACCAGACGUCUCGCGCGUGUCAUGUCUGUUUGUGUCGCGGCGUAGUAAGACUAGAGUGCUUGUGUCCGUGUAGUUGACUAGCUAGUGCCAGUGAAAAUGUUUUCAGGGCUCACAAAUCAGGUUUCGUCGUGGAUGGGAGCAGCCAAGGGCGAGCCCCAAGAUGAAGAGGUGCCCACCCCAACCAAGGACGCCACUGGAGAGCAGGCGGAAGGCGAAAAACAAAGUCCCACCAAGGGAGCCAGCAAGUUGGACCUGAUCACCAACGUGAAGUCACAGAUGACUGGCUGGCUGGGAUCCGGGAUACCCAUUCCUGGUUUAAGAAAAAAUGAAGCCGCGCCCACAGAGGCUGCGGAGGUAGCUCCAGAACCAGCUGAGGCAGUGGAAGCCAAGCCUGAGGGGAAGGAUGAUGAUGAUAACUCCAGGUAUAAUAGCGCUACCGGUGGAGCGGACAGCAGACCAGCGUCGACUGGCGGUACUCCAACUGAGGAACAACCAGGUGGAGUUGGCAAUGUUUCAGGUGCAGGAAAUAAAAAGUUGUUCUCAGUUGAUGCAAUAGAAGUGCCUGAUAUGCAAGAGUUAACGACGAAGGCAGUCGCCGGGGCGAAGUCUCUGGGCAACUUCCUGUACUCGGCCGUCAACAAGGCCGGCGCCAAAGUCAGCGAGGCUGGUGCCAAGAUCAAGAAGACGGUGGAAGAAAACAGCAUCCUGGGCGAGUUCAACCGCGAGCAGGACGCGUUCAUCAAGGGCCAGGAAGGUCGCGGCAGUGGCGCCGCCGUGCCCCCCUGGGUCGGGGCUCCCAAUGAAGCCGCACUCAAGGAGGAGUGCCUUUCUCUCUCCACUGACCGACGUAACUUCGUUCGCGCGCCUCCCGCCGGCGUCGAUUUCGAUUUCGAUUAUGACAAGAUGUACCCGGUUGCCGUCGCUCUCAUGGCUGAGGACCCCAACCUCGAGAAGAUGCGCUUCGAUCUCGUACCCAAAGUCAUCACGGAGGAGAACUUCUGGCGGAACUAUUUCUACCGCCUGUCGCUGAUCUGCCAGGCUAACGAGGCGGACGCCGCCGCCGGCCGCCAGCAAAGCGCCGACGACUCGCAAGAUGUUAAAUCGGCAAGCGACAGACUGAUAUCCAAAGAGAAAUCGUCCCAAGAAUCGAUAGACGAUGUCAAGAAACGAAUAAAGUCUUUGAAAGUAGAUCGUGAAAACGACGAUGCUUAAGCGAGCCACGGACUUCCAAAGGGACAUCCCGAAACACCCGAUCGUAUUCGUAUUGACGAUUUAUUAUCAUAUCUAAAAGGUUCGCGGAUAUUAAAAUGUACUACAGGGCCGGUUUUACCAUUACGACGCCCUGGGCGAGAUUUCUACUACGCGCCUUUGGCGCCCUGGGCCAUUGCCCCAUCUCGCCCUUACGCCGGUGUUGACUCGAAUAGUUUGUGUUUGAAAUCGGAUUUGAUAUAAAAUCGCCAAACGAUGCUUUUCUGUAAGAAUGUGUUUGAAGCUCAUUAUAACUUGUUUCUUGAUAGAAUAAUGGAAUGUUCUGGAAAUUUAUCUUGGAUUUCCUAAUAAUCUUUAUUUCAUUCUUUGUCUAUGAUUUUAUUUUACUACUUACUUAAUCAUUUCAUUGUUCUAUCAACCAUAUUAAACUGUUGUCUACACGUUCCCUAUAUGUGUUGUUUCUAACGUUAUGUAUAGAAUAAAACUGUUUCUACUAUAUGUUUCUCGUUUCGAGAUAUAUUGUAUAUCUGUGUGUACUCAUAUCUUCAUCCUUGUUAUAUCGUAUGUUUGAGGAAUGACUACAUACCACGUCUAACGUCACUGCUACGUCUUAUAUGACUAAAGAUCUCUGACACUAUUUGACGGAAAUGUAUAAAACGUACUCAAAUUUUAUUUUCAGUUAAGAUGGAGAGUUUAUAA